AUGACUGCGAUCACAAUUCGAUUGGUUGGAGAAAACGACGAUCGUUUGUUCAAGGGUAUCGAAGUGGAUAAUAAGAUUCCUUUUGUUGACCUAAAGAAGCGUAUUGAGACUUUUACGAAGAUUCAUCCCGACUUCCAAGAACUCCGAUUCCGUGGUGAAGAUCUUCACGUGGUUGAACGUCCCAUUCUCGACAUCAGAGUCAUUCUUCAUUGCCGCAUUGUCUUCCUGAUCGCUUCAAAUAUUCCACCCCAUACUCCACAUGAAACCAAGAAAAAGCAAGUGAUUGGAGCAUCGAAAAUUUUACAGCGGUUAUACAAGGAUGGAUUUUUUGCAACAUACGCGGAUUUUGCUAUUCGGCAGAUCAAGUUUAAUCGGGAAUUCUCCCGAUUUCUGGACGAUGUUGACGGAUCCAUCAAGCAGGCAGUUGAGCGUUAUUUUACUGCCCUACUCGAGAAGAAUCCAGCUAAUCCAACAUUAUCAUUUAGCUACUCGGAAAAGCCAGUACAAGGCAUUCAGGCCGGAUUCAUUUGCAAGGUAAACUGUGGUGAAACUAUUCAACGGUUUUAUGUGAAAGGUCAUUCUGCAAUGUCAUCACGUCAAAAUGUGGAUUUGAGGGAGCUUUUCAUCUACCGGUUAUUGUUUCAAAUUGGUGUUGGACCGGCUGUCCAUAUUGUUCCCAAUCUUCAUACGUCAUCUAUUGGUGUCUAUAUCGCAACUUUGGAAGUGGCCAACUUUAACUCAUCACACGUGAUAAACCUUCCUUUGAAGGCGGAAAUCAUGCUGGAUUUGAUCAUAAGGUUGUUCAACGUCAGCGAUUUGCAUGGGGAUAAUUAUGGUCUCGAUUCGAAUGGAAAUCUUUCCAUUAUAGAUUUCCGAAUCUCCGGCUAUUCGUUCAACUCAAAGAAUUGUGAUGUAUGGAGAAGCUACAAACAGCAACCAGCAAAGCUAAAAGUACUUGAAGAAAUUCUAAAAGACUGGAACCUUCAAAACGCAAUUCUCGAAACCAACGAAUCAUUCAAUUCCACCAAAGAGCUGCCUAAAAAAAGAAAUAUUUCUUGUAUGGCAAGCGAAAGAUAUUCCCGUUACUUCGAAUCCGUCUCCCAAAAUGUGGACGAUUGUAUUCGCGUCUGCAGGGAAUAA